GUCGCGAUCGCUCGCCCUUUCCAUCACGGAAAUUACCGAAGACAGCCGACAGCGGACAACCUGUGAUCAUGGCGCGACUCUGCUUUCUUCUGUGUGUUCUCAACGCCAUCUCAUCCUUGGACGGAAGUUUGAGAUACGCACAAGUGCUUUUCCGCCAUGGAGAUCGGACACCUACACACGCAUAUCCCAAUGACCCCCAUCAAAAAGACACGUGGCCACAGGGGUGGGGACAACUCACACAGGUAGGCAUGAGACAGGAGUAUGAGCUGGGCCAGUACUUACGACAACGCUACGUCGACAGCGGUUUUAUACACGGAAACUACACUGCAGAUGAGAUUCACAUUCUUGCAACUUAUAAGGACCGCGCUAUAAUGAGCGCCUACAGCAUGCUGGCUGGUCUGUUUCCUCCGGCAGGUGAUCAGAUUUGGAACCCCGCUAUACCGUGGCAACCCAUACCUGUACACACACUACCGAAAGAGGAUGAUUUUAUAUUGGAAAUGGAUUGCCCGACAUAUGAUGCCUUGAAGUAUAAAUUCUCGAAAUCGGAUUAUGCGAAACAUCUUGAGGCACAGUAUCAGGAUCUGGUGGACCUCCUGGCAAACUAUUCGGGAUAUCCGCCCUCCUUUGAGAGUUUGAUGGACAUGGUUGACCCUAUAUAUGUUGAGAACGCCCACAACCUGACGUUUCCCCUGUGGCUCCGACAAAAUGACGUUUACAAGAGGUUCCUGGCACUCAAAGACGUGAAGGCUCAGCUCAAGUUCCACGAUAAAGCCAUGGCCAGGAUACGAGGAGGUCCCCUGCUCGGGAAAUUCAUACAGAACAUGGAUGACGUUGUCAACUUUAACAACAUCACACAAAAGAUUGACUUCUACGCAGGCCACGACACCAACAUCAACGCUCUGUUGUCGACAAUGGGGAUGUUCAACCAAAUCCACAUCAUGUAUGCUGGAGCGGUGCUUGUGGAGCUCCAUCACUACGACACGGAGGGGUACACUGUCGAGUUCUACUACAGAAAUGACACGACUGUGCUGCCGUACUUACUGACAGUACCAGGGUGCGGUUCAUCUUGUCCACUGUCGAAGUUAAAGGUAUUGACACGUGACGUCAUUCCAGACGACCCAGUGGCCACGUGCUUGGGGCAUCCGUCCACACACCCGUGCUCAUCACAAGGGUCCAGCAUCAAAGAUAUGGCACAAUCUGUUCUACUUCUCCAAAGCAUGAUAACAAUCAUCUUCCUCGUAUAAUGACAUGGUUGUACGUUGUGUGUUUGUAGUCUAUUGCCACACUCAGCAUUAUUCCACCAAUAUGUGGGCAGGCUGUAAAUAUGAUUGACAUGAUGAGCAUUGAUGACGCAAUCGGGAUGCGAGGACAUCGUUCAACGAAGUCAGGGAAUCUGAUCCCAGAUCCAUUAUACGCCUCUUAAGACGAGCAUAGAACCAACUGAUCCAUUAAGCACCUCUUAAGACAAGCAUAGAACCCAACUGAUAAAUUAAGCACCUCUUAAGACAAGCAUAGAACCAACUGAUAACUUAAGCACAUCUUUAGAGGUGCAUGGGGCCAACUGAUCCAUUAAGCACCUCUUAAGACGAGCUUAGAACCAACUGAUCCAUUAAGCACCUCUUAAGACAAGCAUAGAACCCAACUGAUAAAUUAAGCACUUCUUAAGACAAGCAUAGAACCAACUGAUAACUUAAGCACAUCUUUAGAGGUGCAUGGAGCCAACUGAUCCAUUAAGCACCUCUUAAGACGAGCUUAGAACCAACUGAUCCAUUAAGCAUCUCAUAAGACGAGCAUGGGACCAACUGAUAGCUCCUCUUGAGUCGAGCAUGGUACCCACUGAUCCAUUAAGGGCCUUAAGACCAGCAUGGGACCAACUGAUAGCUCUUCUUGAGACGAGCAUGGUACCCACUGAUCGAUUAAGGGCCUUAAGACCAGCAUGGGACCAACUGAUAGCUCUUCUUGAGACGAGCAUGGUACCCACUGAUCCAUUUAGGGCCUUAAGACCAGCAUGGGACCAACUGAUAGCUCCUCUUGAGACGAGCAUGGUACCCACUGAUCCAUUAAGGGCCUUAAGACCAGCAUGGGACCAACUGAUAGCUCUUCUUGAGACGAGCAUGGUACCCACUGAUCCAUUAAGGGCCUGAAGACAAGCAUUGGACCAACUGCCGCUCUGAAUCUCAUCCAUGUCCAUGUAAAUACAGUCAAACACCGUUAUGUCGAAUAUUUAUAUGCCGAACAUACGAUGACGACCUUUAGCGUGAUCCCUGCAUAUUCUCAUUUAGUCACUAUUUUGUGGUUGUGUCGAAACAUCGGAUAACUCGAAGUAUUUACAGAGGUCGAUUCAACUUCGACACAACAGUGUUUAACUGUUCCUGGAAUUGAACUUUUGAGUGAUAGCCUCUGGGAUUCAGAGCUAAUAAUAUAUCAUUUUGUGACUUUUCUUUUACGGGGAGAAGAGAAUCAUUUGAUGUGUUGUUCAGUAUAACACACGUAUCAGGUUUCUCCACAUGUCUCUCUAUCGCCACAAGGGACUGUUUUACACCGUUUGGCCUGUUUACUUUGUCUUUUACAUAAGGUCAACUCCAUUGUGCACUGAUAUAAUGUUUAUUAAACAUCGAAAUGUAUUAUUAUGUUUGCAAAUAAAUAUUUUUGAAUCUCG